AUGGUUCGCUCUCUCGCCCUCCUUGCUGGUGCCUUCGCUGUUGUUGCGGCCGCCGAGACAAAGACAGUUAAGUGGUGGAUUCCCGAGGACAUUGAGGGCUACAAGGCCUCUGUUGUCUCCAUUGACGGCAAGGACACCACCUUGGCCGUGAACAAGGACUCUACCACGGGUAUUAUCGCCAGCGGCCCGUCCACUCUUACAGCGACCAUCACCAUCGAGACUGAUGACGCUACGAACUAUCAGGAGUACCACUGCGAGCUCGACCCAGACAAGGACCAAGCCAGCUGCACACACCAAGUUUCCAUGUCGCACAACGGAAACAUCAUUCAAGAUGUAUCCGACACUACCAUUGAAAGCUACCAGAAGACUAUGGCGCCCAUCAUCGUCACCGCUGGUGCCGAUAGGCUGAGUGAGGAGGAGAACACGACAGUAGCCGACAAGUCUUCUGCUGCUGAUGAGGCCUCUGUCACCGACGCGUCUUCUGCCACGGCCGCAUCAAAGCCCAAAGCCACCGAGGCCGAAACUACAAGUUCGGGUAAUGCGGCGCCCAUGAUGACGCAGAAUGCCGUGUUUGCCGGUGUUGCGGCUGUUGUUGGAGGUGUAGUUGUGUUGCUGUAG